AUGGAAAGAACAAGAUAUGCAUAUGAGAAGUACCGUGAAGUUAGAAGUCAAAUUACUUCUGGUCGAACCUUUACAGUAAACUUUGACGAAGGAAAGAACAAAGAAGGCUUCAUGGGUGUACUUGCUGCCAUACAAGACGGAAAUAAGAAAGGACACAAUCUCAGAUUGACCAUAACAGAUUUGGAUGGUCACAUUUACUAUGCAUAUGGCAAUGUCACAACAGCUGCAAUGCUUCUUGACGCUUUCAAGACUACAAAGAGAGAACAAAUGGUUGACUCCGACUCAGACAUUUUGAAUGCAAUUGAAGGAAUUGCAAGUGUCAAGUUCGAAUGGUACCAACCUAACCCUCAAGCAGUCAGACAACAUGUUUGUUAG